AUGUCAACACUCAAUCCAACUACUAAGGAGAAGGAGUUUGGUGGGGCAAUAGGGGCAUCUAUUCUCAUAGUAUUCUUACCAUUAAUCACAUUAUUCUUAUAUUUAGCAUGUAAUGAAAAUUAUGUCAUGCAAGGUUUCCAACUUGAUGCUGAUGCUAUAAAGGGUGUUUUUUGUAACCAAAUACUACGAAAUUGGCAAAAUGUCUUCUUUAAUUCCAAAUGUUGGGCUUACUAUCUUGCAUGGUUUUUUUCAUUGGCCAUUUUAGAUGUGUACAUUCCUGGUACAACUAAGUAUGGGAUUGAAUUAAGAGAUGGCACAAGACUGAAAUACAACAUUAACGGCUUACAAUUGGUAGGGUUUUUGCUUGUUCUUUUCAUAUCACGGUUUUAUUUGUACGGCUUCAACUUGUUUGAAUUGGAUUUCCUAUACGAUAACUUUUUAGGUAUGAUGGCUACUUCAUGGGAGUUUUCCAUACUCCUGAGCUUUUUUGUUUAUUUUGCCUCAUUUAUUCCGCUCAGAAAUAAAAACGGAAAAGGCACCAAGGAAAGAAUACUAAGUGUUAAUGGCAAUUCCCAAAACUUCAUUGGUGAUUGGUUUAUGGGUAGAGAAUUAAACCCAAGAAUUGGUGAAUGGGACAUCAAGUUGUUUUGUGAGCUAAGGCCCGGCCUUUUGUUAUGGCUUUUACUAAAUGUUUCGUGUAUGCAAAGACAGUACCAGAAGCUAGGUUACGUUACUAAUUCGAUGUUUUUAAUCAAUGCAUUACAAUUUAUCUACAUUAUCGAUGGCGUAUUGAACGAAGAAGGAUGCCUAACAAUGAUUGACAUUACAACAGAUGGGUUUGGAUUUAUGCUCGCAUUUGGUGAUUUAUGUUGGGUUCCGUUCUGCUAUUGUCUGCAAGCAAGAUAUCUCACUCUAAAUAUAAUCAAUUUAUCUGCUUUGAGUUGCAUAAUCAUUUUAUCAAUCAUGGCACUUGGAUUCUAUGUCUUUAAAGCAUCAAAUAACCAAAAAAAUAAUUUUAGGCAAAACAAAUUACCGCACCUGAAAUCCAUACAAACCGAUAGAGGUACAAAACUACUUAUCGAAGGAUGGUGGGGGAUUUCUCAACAUAUCAACUAUUUUGGUGAUAUGUUAAUUGCCUUGAGUUGGUGCCUGCCUACUGGUUUUAAUACAAUUCUAACUUACUUCUACGUUAUUUAUUUUUCGGCCCUAUUGUUCCAUAGACAGGCUAGAGAUGAGGAAAAAUGUAGAAGCAAGUAUGGUAAAUACUGGGAUGAGUACGAAAAACAAGUUCAAUAUAAAAUCAUACCCUACAUUUACUAA